CGCGAGCGGAAGCGCGGGCGGGCCGGGCGGCUGCGCCGGCCCCUCAGAGGGGCGCUGCUGCGCGGGCUGAGGCGCCUCGGCCGGGAGCCGAGGGGAACGCUACGCGGCGGGGCCAUGAGCGGCUCCAGGGCUCCGGGCCCCGAGGCGGGCGCCUCCGGGGCAGAGCCCCCCGGCGCGGCGCUGAGCGUGGACGUGGCAGGGCUGCUGGCACAGCUGGCGCGCAGCUUCGCGCUGUUGCUGCCGGUGUACGCGCUGGGCUACCUGGGCCUGAGCUUCAGCUGGGUGCUGCUGGCUCUCGGGCUGCUAGUGUGGUGCCGCAGGAGCCGCGGCCUUAAGGCCACCCGCCUGUGCCGCGCGCUGGCGCUACUGGAGGACGAGGAGCGCGCCGUGCGCCUCGGGGUGCGCGCCUGCGACCUGCCGGCCUGGGUUCAUUUUCCAGACACUGAGAGAGCAGAAUGGCUAAAUAAGACUGUAAAACACAUGUGGCCUUUUAUUUGCCAGUUUAUAGAGAAGUUGUUUCGAGAAACCAUAGAGCCGGCCGUGCGGGGCGCACACACCCACCUCAGCACCUUCAGCUUCACGAGGGUGGACAUGGGGCAGCAGCCCCUCAGGAUCAAUGGUGUUAAGGUAUAUACUGAAAAUGUCGACAAAAGGCAGAUUAUUUUGGACCUUCAGAUUAGUUUUGUAGGGAAUUGUGAGAUCGAUCUGGAGAUCAAGCGAUAUUUUUGUAGAGCUGGUGUGCAGAGUAUACAGAUUCAUGGUACAAUGCGGGUGAUCCUGGAACCAUUGAUUGGAGACAUGCCCUUAGUAGGAGCUUUGUCUAUCUUCUUCCUUAGGAAGCCACUUUUAGAAAUUAACUGGACAGGACUGACUAAUCUUCUCGACAUUCCUGGAUUGAAUGGUUUAUCAGAUACUAUCAUUUUGGAUAUAAUAUCAAACUAUCUGGUGCUUCCCAAUCGAAUCACAGUCCCUCUUGUCAGCGAAGUUCAAAUAGCUCAGCUGCGGUUUCCUGUACCAAAGGGUGUCCUGAGAAUACACUUUAUUGAAGCUCAGGAUCUUCAGGGAAAAGACACUUACCUUAAGGGACUUGUCAAGGGGAAGUCAGACCCCUACGGAGUGAUUCGAGUUGGCAACCAGAUCUUCCAAAGCAAGGUCAUCAAGGAGAACCUCAGUCCGAAGUGGAACGAGGUGUAUGAGGCUCUGGUCUAUGAACAUCCCGGACAGGAAUUGGAGAUCGAGCUCUUUGACGAAGACCCAGACAAGGAUGACUUCCUCGGAAGUCUUAUGAUUGAUCUUAUUGAAGUUGAAAAGGAGCGCCUUUUAGAUGAAUGGUUCGCCCUGGAUGAGGUGCCCAGAGGGAAGCUGCACUUGAAGCUGGAGUGGCUCACGCUCAUGCCUGACGCGUCGAACCUCGAGCAGGUGCUGACAGACAUCAGAGCAGACAAAGACCAAGCCAAUGACGGGCUGUCCUCCUCGCUGCUCAUCUUGUACUUGGACUCGGCCCGGAACCUUCCGAGUAACCCAUUAGAAUUUAACCCUGAUGUCUUGAAGAAGGCUGCAAUUCAGAAAGCUUUAAAGUCUGGGAAGAAAAUAAACAGCAACCCAAAUCCUCUUGUCCAAAUGUCAGUUGGUCACAAGGCCCAGGAGAGCAAGAUUCGGUACAAAACCAACGAGCCUGUAUGGGAGGAAAAUUUCACCUUCUUCAUUCACAAUCCCAAGCGCCAGGAGCUCGAAGUAGAGGUGAGAGAUGAGCAGCACCAGUGUUCCCUGGGCAACCUCAGGAUCCCUCUCAGCCAGCUGCUCGCCCGUGAGGACAUGACCCUGAACCAGCGGUUCCAGCUCAGCAACUCAGGUCCCAACAGCUCGCUGAAGAUGAAGCUCGCCCUCAGGGUGCUCCACCUUGAGAAGCAGGAGAGGCCUCCAGACCACCAGCACUCGGCUCAAGUAAAACGGCCCUCUGUGUCCAAGGAAGGGAGGAAAGUCUCCGUCAGGCCUCAGAUGUCUGCGUCGCCGGGCUCGGGUGACAGCGGCACGGCCCCGUCCACGCCGGUCGCUGGGAGCGGCGAGAGGCCUGGCGUGGAGGAGCGAGGCCCGCCCGCGGAGGCCGGCCUGCAGGGCCCGAGGGACCUCGGCCGGAGCUCCUCCAGCCUCCAGGCGGGCCCCGCCGGCUCCCCCAGCCACGUCUCUGUCAAGGAGCCCACCCCAAGCAUCGCCUCGGACAUCUCGCUGCCCAUUGCCACGCAGGAGCUGCGGCAGAGGCUGCGACAGCUUGAGAAUGGAACCACCCUGGGACAGUCACCCCUGGGGCAGAUCCAGCUGACCAUCCGGCACAGCUCGCAGAGGAACAAGCUGGUGGUGGUCGUGCACUCCUGCAGAAAUCUCAUCGCCUUCUCUGAGGAUGGCUCCGAUCCCUACGUCCGCCUGUAUUUGUUACCAGACAAGAGGAGGUCGGGAAGGAGGAAAACACACGUGUCAAAGAAAACGCUGAAUCCCGUGUUUGAUCAGAGCUUUGAUUUCAGCGUCUCACUGCCAGACGUGCAGAGAAGAACCUUGGAUGUGGCCGUGAAGAACAGCGGCGGCUUCCUGUCCAAAGACAAAGGGCUUCUUGGCAAAGUACUAGUUGGCCUGGCAUCUGAAGAGCUCGCCAAAGGCUGGACCCAGUGGUACGACCUCACCGAAGAUGGGACGAGGCCCCACGUGGUGACGUAGGCCACACCAUCAGGAAGCCCUCGAUGCACCUGCCUGCCCUGCCCCGACACCCUACACACACACACCCCGGCAGACACACCCACGCUGCCCCGCACCGACACACCCCCCUCCCCCCACCCCUCGCAGGCACACCCAUGCUCUUUUUAUAAUUUCACGUACUUGGUUACUGGCCCCCUGACGGUUUUAUAAAAUGUUGAUAUUUUAGGCGUAUUUCGCCAGUAUUAGUAUUAAGUUUUGUAUGUUUAAAUUUCCUCUAGUAUUUCACCAGUUGUUACGGCGUGUAGCAUAGCGGCCAGCUGUUGUGUGUGUAAAGCUGUAUGUCGGCCGUCUCUCCUAGGAAGCCGGUGUAUGGACCUGCUUAUUAUUGCCUUGUUUUGUAUAACACUGAGGUGUACUAUGCUAUAUAAAGAGACUAUUUUUUAUGAUCUCUACAUGCUGGUUUGAAAUUCAGAGAAAAUGGAUCAAGGAAAUAUAUAUUUUUUUUUCUUCUAAAACUUAUUAAAUUCUUAUUACAAAUAAUCAUUUUUGUCUUUGCAGGAAAAAGUUCUCAGUGACCUAUUUUGUGGUGUUUCUUUUUAAAAAGAAAAGCUGAAAGAUUAGUAAAUGCUAGUAUAUUUCUGCUCAUUAUGAAUGGUAAAAGAAUGUAUGCAAAAUAUUUACACUUUCAUAAAUAUAAAGAUGUAUUAUAAGGAGUCAGUUGUAGUGCUUAUAAGGAAAAAUGUUGUAUAACUGAGCAAUAUAAAAUAUCACAAGAAUUGUCACGGUUCAUAGUGCACUAAUCUGAAAUUUCUCACAUAAAGUAGAAUGUCUUAAGUUUAUUUUUAGUUGCUUGUUAUAACUUAUUCAUGAAACAGUACAGAUACAGAGUCCUUUUCCUGAAAUAUAAUACUUCAAUGUUAGCAGUUAGUCUGUUGUGGAAUUUUCAGUGUUUUCUCAGCUGCAAAAGAAAGACUUAACUCAGGUUGUCUCUGCAGAGGCUGUGAGACAGGUCGGGGUGAGCAGAUAGGACAUGACGUGGGAAGCCGCCGCUGGCACACACGUGUCGGUGUGACGCGCACGGGGUGGGGCUGACGCACGCGCGUCGGUGUGACGCACACGGGGCGGGGCUGGCGCAUGCAUGUUGCUGUGACGCGCAUGGGGCGGAGCCGGCGCCUCCACCGCGGGGACCCAGGGGUCUGGGCACGGUGGCAGCAGGCUGUCAGUAACCUCCUACUGGGUUUCUUCACCUCAUGCCGUGACUGACCUCAGUAUUGGGAUGUUGUUACACAACUUUUAUUUGGGAGUAUUUUUUUCUUCUUAGAUUAGGAAAAGCAUGUUUUAUAUCCAUGUAUAUAAAGGUCCCAAGCCUCUUGGGAGGUGAGAUUCCAUAGCCGUGCAGCAGCUGUGCAUGCCCUGAACACGGUGCACGUGUGCAGAAAGCUUUAAAUAUUCUAAGCUGCGGGAUGCAGAUGACUUCCUUAGCCAUGAGGACAUCCUCCAGCCCUGUGUAAAUACCGGGGUAAAUGCGGCUCUGAGCUUAGAGACCUCACCGUGUGUCCCACGUGAUUGCUGGACGCUCGCGCGGCCUGACUGCCCAAGUGCCUGUGGACGCUGCCUCUGCUCUGCCUCUCCUGCCCUCGGGGCUCAGCUCUGGCGGGUCAUACUCUGACCCCGGGGGGCGGGGGGGGGGGGGGGGGUGGAGCCCGCAGCCCGGAGCCACGCAGCACGUUUCUUGCAGCCGUGCAGACCUGGUGCCCUCGCAGCUUCCUGGGCCGUAAAGCUGUGAAGCCCCAGCAGAGACCAUCUCCUCCAUCAGCGCGGGAGGCGUUGCAAACCUGGUGGCACGUACAGGAAACUGACUGGUGUUUCAGCAGCAGGAGAAGAACAGGUCAUCACUAAAUCCACGGCCUGCCCAUGGUUUUAGGUUUAUUGGAGACUUUUUAAAAGUUGGGUUUGUUGUGGGAGUUCCCUGGCGGUCCAGUGGUAAGAACCGGAUGCUUUCACUGCCAGGGACCUGGGUUUAACCUCUGGUCAGGAACUGAGAUCCCACACACCAUGAGGUACCCGCUGCUCCUCGCCAAAAUCAAGUUUUUUGAAGGGCUUCUGGCAUAAUUUGUAAAAGAAGGGAAACACUGAAAUUUAGUACACUCGUGAUUUCUGCCAACAUCCCCAGUAUUUGGGUUUUGUAGCCAUAUACUUCACCUGUUCAACAUGUUUUACUUGAUGGAAUGCUUUAUGUAAGCAAUUAGGCAAAAUAAAUGACACGAAAGGUGCAAAACCCAAAAAAAGCCAGUUAGCAGCAUGAUGCCCACCUUUGUGUGGACAGUGGGGCCUGGACAGACCCAGCAGCCAGCACCGUUCUCUGCAAAGGGAAGGGAUGGCUCUGAGGCCGGGACUAUGCCUUUAUGGCCGACGGGUGUUCAGAGGAAAGCUCUUGUGUCCGGUGGGGCAGCUGAGAGUCGGCUUUAGGCCAGACCCCGGGCUCCAUGGUCCUAGCGAUGGACAGUCCAGUUCUCAGAACCUUCAUCGCCAGUUUUGAAUAACUGCUUCAUCUGGGAAAAGGGAACUUCAACUUUUCUACCUUGACCCAAGCCAAUGGAGGGAAAAUUAACAUUGCUUAAUUUGAAUUGUUACUUUAUUGCUUAUCCUGUGCCUUAAAGUGUGAAGUGUGAGGCGUUGCUUCAGGUUAAAACAGAAGACGCCUUGCAGCCGAGUUCACCACAGUAUAUUCCUCAUCAAGGGUCAGCCCUCCUUUGUCAGGAACUGAAGCCAAAUGCAAAUAGUGGUUGUUGCUUUAACGACAUUCUAGCUGGACCACCCCCUGCAGAUGGAACACAGCAGAGGGUUUUUUGGUUUUGUUUUUUAUUGUAAAAUGCCCUUUUUCCUCAGCUAAUUUUACAUGGCAGUGCGUGUGUUUAUUCAAUAAAACUGUGUUAUCUCGCUUA